CUUUCUUUUUCUAUAAAGGGUCCAUACCAUUCUCUUCUACUUAGAUUGCUCUUUCUUCCUCUCUUCUCACCUUCCCCAAACUCUUUAAAUUCACCACCUUUGAUCACUCUUGAAUCUCAUUCCUCUAAGUUGAAAUUAAAAACAAUAGGAAAAAACAAGAAAAAAUAAUGGAAAUAGAUAGUCAAAGCCAUCUAAGCACUUAUUGGGAUGGCUAUGUAGAUUGGAGAAAUAGACCUGCACUUACCAAUAGGCAUGGUGGCUUACUUGCUGCCUCUUUUGUCCUAGUUGUGGAGGUACUGGAGAACUUGGCAUAUUUGGCAAAUGCAAGUAACUUGGUCAUGUAUUUGUCAGAAUACAUGCAUUUCUCACCAACAACAUCAGCAAAUUCUGUGACCAAUUUUAUGGGCACAGCAUUUCUACUAGCACUACUUGGUGGAUUCUUAUCUGAUGCUUUAUGCACAACUUAUCACAUCUAUCUCAUCAGUGCAGUCAUCGAAUUUCUGGGACUGGUAGUACUCACCAUACAGGCUCGUUCUGCGUCGUUGAAGCCACCAAAAUGCGACCUAGGAGUUCCCAACGUGCCGUGUGAACAAGUUCAUGGUGUACAAGCUGCAAUGUUGUUCAUAGGACUCUACUUAGCGGCAUUAGGUGUAGGAGGUAUAAAGGGAUCGUUGCCACCCCAUGGUGCAGAACAGUUUGAUGAAGCAACCCCACAAGGAAGAAAGCAAAGAUCAACUUUCUUCAAUUACUUUGUGUUCUGCCUCUCCUUUGGAGCUCUCAUUGCUGUCACAUUUGUGGUCUGGAUUGAAGACAAUAUGGGUUGGCAAUGGGGAUUUGGAAUUGCAACUUUAGCUAUACUUUUGUCAAUCCCAAUCUUCCUUUCUGGUUCACCAUUCUAUAGGAACAAAAUACCAGGUGGAAGCCCUCUUACAACGAUCAGCAAGGUUCUAAUUGGAGCAUUACUAAACUCUUGUGUAUCAAGAAACUCAAGUACUGCUAUAGCAAGUAUGGCUUCAAGCCCUUCUCCUCCGAUUCCAACUGGCAACGAAAGUGGCCAAAACAGCAAAGAUGUCAAAUCAAUUGAGACUCCAUCGACAAGUCUUAGCUUCCUUAAUCGGGCUGUUUCAGACACACCAGCUUGCGGUGCAUUAAAAUGCUCAGUGCAACAAGUGGAAGAAGUCAAGAUUGUGAUAAAAAUAUUCCCAAUUUUUGCCUGCACUAUCAUGCUCAACUGCUGCCUAGCUCAACUGAAUACAUUCUCAGUCCAGCAAGCAGCCACAAUGAACACUAAAUUAGGCUCCUUAAAAGUCCCCCCGGCCUCGCUCCCCAUUUUCCCUGUAGUUUUCAUCAUGAUCCUAGCACCAAUUUACGACCACUUCAUCAUCCCAUUCGCACGUAGAGUAACCAAAACGGAAAUGGGCGUCUCUCACCUCCAACGCAUUGGUGUCGGUUUGUUCCUCUCUAUUAUAGCUAUGGCAGUUGCAGCCCUUGUUGAAAUCAAGCGCAAAAGAGUAGUUACUGACUCAGGCCUCCUCGACUCUGCCAAGCCACUGCCCAUAACUUUCUUCUGGAUCGCGUUUCAGUACCUGUUUCUUGGAUCAGCCGAUCUUUUUGUUCUAGCUGGACUACUAGAAUUCUGCUUCUCAGAAGCACCAGUGAGUAUGAGAUCAUUGGCAACAUCUCUAACAUGGGCUUCUUUAGCCAUAGGAUACUACCUCAGCUCGGUGAUAGUAUCGAUAGUAAAUAGUGUGACAGGUAUUUCAAAGCACAAAGCAUGGCUCUCUGGUAGCAACUUGAAUCACUACCGUUUGGAGAGGUUCUAUUGGCUAAUGUGCAUACUCAGUGCAUUAAACUUCAUACACUACCUAUUCUGGGCUACAAAAUACAAAUAUAGAUCACUAAGGUCUAGCAAGUAAAAGUUCGUAGUGGAAAUGUAUAGAUGAAACUGCCUCAGUUUUAAUGUAUGGUCUUUCUAGACUUAAUGUAAAUAUGUCUGAUGAAUUGCUGGA